AUGAGCUGGUCAAAGAGUCAAAUUGCUGGCUAUAUUCUUGCCACUACUGUUGCAAAAGAUUUUCAGUUCCAGUUGAUACUUGUGAAAACAAUUGGCAUCUCUGAAGUCACCAAUAUUGAUGAAAAUCACAAAGAAGAUCCAUCAAUAAUAUAA